CCCUGAUCGAAUGCGCUUCUCAAGUUCAGUUCCACCACUGUCACGGUCACCAUGCAAGCGUGCAAGAUUGUACUACUGCUGUUGUCGGCGAUUUGCCUCUGCCGGAGUGAUCCAUUUUUUGGCAACAAUUAUCUGCUACCACAGAGCACGGAGUUGGCACGGUCGGCAAAUGCCGUUGUGGCGAAUUUGAACGCCGCCCGCAAUUCGGUGUCCUCGUACGUACGUUCGCCUCCAACGUCGUCGGAAAGUUUAAACCAAGGUGCCCGAGUUCUGGCCAGUUACGUUGGCAAUGUUACCCAGCUGGUUGGAAACGUGUACUCCGAGCUGUCACGAGCAGCAACCGAUCGAACCACGGCUCCGGCUGUAGUUUUCUCCAAGAUCAACACCCAGCUGAACGUCCUGCAGCCACUACUGCAGAACUCCUCAGCCUACGUCGAAUUACUGGGGACUUACUUCGACUACGAAGGUGAUAACAGCACUUCAAGCUACUUCGCCGAUAGGAAUCAUCGCAUAAGAGUUAACAUCGCCAACUUGGAUGGGAUUCUGAAGAAUGUUUCUCGCGUGAUCGAGUCCGUUGCUGGUCAGUCCUUGAAUACCCAGCAGUUUAUUGCGGCUCUCUCGGUCGAUGGACUCCUGCAGAAUCUGGUGGAUGUGGUGCAGAAUGCCGCUGUGGCGUCCAACGAAUAUGCGGACACCGUGGCACGGUUAGUGGCAGCCAUCAACGGUGCAAACAGCUUUCGUUCGACUGCCAACUCUCGACUGCAGACAAGUCGCAACUCUAUGAACUACGCGGUGACCAGCUAUGUUUCCAGCUCAAACGCUUCGUUCAACGCGAUCCUCACUUCGACGGAUAAUCUUUUCAACCAUUUGAAGACUCUAAACGAUUCGUUCGUCUUCCGCUGGCCUCUGUUGCUGAGUGAUCGAGUAGAGCUGAAGCUUGAUCAGUUGAACCGUUCAAUCGAAAGCCUGAUUGGUAAUCUACACUUCAGACGAGUCGUGGUGGAGAACCAUUACGGCCUUACGACGGAGGUUUUCCGCACUAGGAAUGAACCGUUGGCCUACUUGGAGGUAGAAUCGGAACUACUAACGCGAACCUUGACGAACGUGAUCCAACCGAAUGCAUGCGCUUCCAAUUUCCGUAACCAGUUUUACACGCUACCAUCUGCCCUGCAAACACUGAUGAGCCAGUGCUUCGACAGUCAGCUCAACUUGGAACGCCAAGGAGCGAAUCAGGUGGUUUCCAUCGCUAACAAUUUUCUCCGCUCAUAUGCGACUGCCGUGUACAGUAGUUUGGAGAUUUGCUUCAGACAUCCGUACCGGACGAUGUCCGAGUGUUUGGAUCAGAUUGUAGACACAAUUGACUUCAGUGGAAAGUUCUUCCUGCUGGAUACGGUAACGUUCUACCUCUUCGAACAGGUGCAAUCCGAGCUGAUUAACUGCAACUCAAGACUACUGAACUACAUCCGGAACGUUGGAGUUCGAUCAAAUUGCCAACAGUAACCCCCUAGUGAAAGUUUCAGAUAAUAUAGUUUAUUUAGCAACCGGAACAAAAUAACAACAACAACAACAAAAAU